CUCUCCCCUGUGCUACACCGCGCGCGGUGGGCGGAGCGCAGCUACUGCACGGUGAAUUCUGCGGCUGCUGCCUGGCUUUCUUCUUCUCGUUCGCCUCCUGCCGGGUAUACAGUGCUAACAAGUAACAAAACAAUGUCGCCUCAGCAGCUUCAGAUAUAUUUAUGCUUCAUUCUCCUGUUUCUGAAGUUCAGAAUAUCUACAUCUCUACCUAUUGAAACAGAUGCGCUCUUGGACAUCAAGAGUCAUCUGGAGGAUCCACAAAAUUACUUGAAAAAUUGGGACGACUCUCAUUCGCCGUGCCAAUUUUACGGUGUUACAUGUGACCAAAAUUCUGGUGGUGUCAUUGGAAUAUCGCUCUCCAACGCCUCACUAUCAGGAACUAUAUCGUCAUCAUUUUCUCUUCUUCGCCAAUUACGCACGCUGGAACUCGGUGCAAACUCCAUCUCGGGCACUGUUCCUGCUGCACUAGCCAACUGCACAAAUCUGCAGGUUCUUAAUCUGUCAACAAACAGUUUGACAGGGCAAUUACCUGAUCUUUCAACAUUGAUCAAACUCCAAGUUCUUGACCUAUCAACAAACGAGUUUAAUGGACCAUUCCCGUUAUGGGUUGGCAAAUUAUCAGGCCUAACUGAACUAGGUCUAGGAGAGAACAACUUCGAUGAAGGUGAUGUUCCAGAAAGUAUUGGAAGCCUGACAAACCUGACAUGGCUAUUCUUGGGGCAAUGCAACCUUAGAGGAGAAUUACCAGCUUCAAUAUUUGAUCUGGUCUCACUUGGGACACUGGACUUCUCACGCAAUCAGAUUAUUGGUGUGUUCCCAAAAGCAAUAUCCAACCUCCGAAACCUGUGGAAGAUCGAGCUCUAUCAGAACAAUUUGACUGGUGAAAUUCCUUCUGAGCUUUCAGGUUUGACAUUGUUAUCUGAAUUUGAUGUGUCCCAGAAUCAGUUAAGUGGUAUUCUGCCCAAGGAGAUAGGUAAUCUGAAAAGGCUGAAGAUCUUUCAUAUUUACCGAAACAACUUCUCUGGUGUGCUUCCUAAAGGACUGGGGGACUUGCAGUUUCUUGAGUCAUUUUCAACCUAUGAAAAUCAGUUCUCAGGAGAUUUCCCUGCAAACCUUGGCCGUUUCUCACCACUCAAUGCAAUUGACAUAUCUGAAAAUUAUUUCUCUGGUGAAUUUCCAAGGUUCCUGUGCCAAAACCACAAACUGCAAUACUUGCUGGCUUUGGAUAACAACUUCUUAGGUGAAUUCCCCAGCUCUUACUCUUCUUGCAAGACACUUCAGAGGUUCAGAAUAAGUCAGAAUCAGUUCACUGGGAGAAUUCACAGUGGCAUAUGGGGAUUGCCUAAAGCUGUGAUUAUUGAUGUUGCCAACAAUAAAUUUGUCGGCAGCAUAUCCUCUGAUAUAGGCCUUUCUGCUACUCUGAACCAGCUGUAUGUUCAUAAUAACAUCUUCUCUGGUGAGCUUCCAAUGGAGUUGGGGGAACUUUCCCAGCUUCAGAAGCUUGUUGCUUUCAACAAUAAAUUCUCCGGCCAAAUCCCUGCAAAGAUUGGAAGUCUGAAGCAGCUGUCAUUCUUGCACUUGGAACAAAAUGCUUUGCAAGGAUCGAUACCACCAGAUAUUGGCAUGUGCAACAGCCUAGUUGAUCUGAACCUUGCAGACAAUUAUUUGACUGGCAUCAUUCCAGACACACUAGCCUCUCUGUUCACUCUAAAUUCACUCAACCUAUCUCACAACAUGAUCUCUGGUGAAAUCCCUGAAGGAUUGCAAUCUCUGAAGCUUAGUUAUGUUGAUUUCUCCAGCAACAAUUUAUCUGGACCAGUGCCUCCACAGCUCCUGAUGGUAGCUGGAGAUGAUGCAUUCUCUGAAAAUUCCGGCCUUUGUAUUGCUGGAGUUUCAGAAGGUUGGAGGCAAACUGCCACCAAUUUAAGAUAUUGUCCGUGGAAUGACAACCAUCAGAACUUCUCACGGAGAAGAAUAUUUGUCGUGCUGAUAAUAGUGACAUCUCUGGUUGUUCUCCUAUCUGGUUUGGCAUGCCUAAGAUAUGAAAAUUACAAGCUUGAGCAGUUCCAAAGCAAGGGAGACAUCGAGAGCGCCGACGACAGUGACUCAAAAUGGGUUCUUGAGUCUUUCCAUCCGCCUGAGCUUGAUCCUGAGGAGAUAUGCAAGUUGGAUGUGGACAACCUGAUUGGCUGUGGAGGCACCGGAAAAGUUUACAGACUUGAAUUGAGCAAGGGGAGGGGAGUUGUGGCUGUGAAGCAACUGUGGAAGCGUGAUGAUGCAAGGGCCCUGAGAGCUGAGAUCACCACCCUUGGGAAAAUCCGCCACCGGAACAUUCUGAAACUCCAUGCAUUCUUGACCGGUGGGGAAUCAAACUUCCUGGUGUACGAGUACGUGGUGAAUGGCAAUCUCUAUAAUGCAAUCCGCCGUGAGUUCAAGGCUGGACGGCCGGAGCUGGACUGGGAGAAGAGGUACCGGAUUGCGGUCGGAGCUGCGAAGGGCAUCAUGUAUCUUCACCAUGAUUGCUCCCCGGCCAUAAUCCACCGUGACAUAAAAUCCACCAACAUAUUGCUGGAUAAGGAGUACGAGGCGAAGCUCGCGGAUUUCGGCAUCGCCAAGUUGGUGGAAGGUUCACCUCUCAGCUGCUUCGCUGGUACCCAUGGCUACAUGGCUCCUGAGACGGCGCGGCCGGCGAGAGUCUCCGACGACGACGGCGGCAGUCUCCACCGGCGCAAGGGGCGGCGGCCUGAGGCAGCGCAGGGGGCGGCGGCGGGAGGGCACCUCAGGGAGCGGCGCUGGGAGGCCGGCUCAGGGGGCGACGGAGGGAGGCUGGCGCAAGGGUCGGCGACCGGAGGCCGGCUCAGGGGGCAGCGGGGGGAGGCCGAAACAGGGGGCGGCAAGCUGAGGGCGCUCGGGCGGCGACUUGAGGGCGCGGUGGUUGACGACCUGGAGCUGCUGUUGCUGUCUUGUGCGGGCUGCUGCUGUUGUUGAUUUUUGUAAUGACAAGAUUUAGAAAAAUGACAUAAUUUGUGUGAACGUGCUUAGAAUAUUUUUAGCACACCUAAAUAUUUGCAAUAUGCAAUUGUUGUCAUUGUGAGCAGCCCCUCGGUGAGUUUAGAGAGUAUUCUCAUCAAAAGGUGACUAUACCAACUAUCCAUCCAAACAAACAAAAAACUGGAUAACCAUAUACAUCUUUAUUCCUCCAACCAAACAAAACAGUGUCUAAUCCUACACAUCCAACCUAACAAAAAAACGGAUGGCCAUAUCACUCAGGACAUAGAUGGUCAUAUUCUAUCCAUGCUUGAUCAUAAACCAAACACACCCUUCGCUGCGCAGGACGAUGGAAGGGCACUAUGGUCAAGUUUACGUUUAAGGGAAAAUUACAAGGAUGCCAUUAUAAUUCUGUAAAAUUAGAGAUAUAUCAUCCUGACACACAUGU